UUGUCGCUCUGUGUGCGUUCGAGUUGUGAUAUGGAGAGCUUGCUCUGCGACGAGAAAUGGGUCGUGAGCCCUUACUCGGUCUCCGAUUGCCGCGCACACGAAAGGUACGAGAAGCCAGACGAUCCGGAGCACGUCUGUCGUGGCGGUUCUUGGUUCAGUAUGACCCGACAAGAGUGUGACGCGGCACUUGCCGUCUGCUUGGAAAAGGAGAUGGCUUACAUGCCCGAGUCCGGUUAUACGGAGUGUGUGGAAGCGAAAGGUUUGGUCUCUGCUAGGGCCAGAGUCAUGCAGUGGCUUAUUAAGUGUCGAAGUAGAUUGAAGCUGUCCUGUGGCACGAUAUUCCUGGCUGCGAACUACUUCGAUCGAUUCAUCUCCAUUUGUAAGUGUCAGGAAUGGAAACACUGGAUUGUGGAACUGGUGUCCAUCGCAUGCUUGUCGGUCGCGUCGAAGUUCAAUGAGAACCUCAGCACACUUUCGUUACGCGAAAUUCAGGUGGAGGAUCUGGACCAUUCUUUCCAGCCAAGCACCAUCCAACGGAUGGAGUUGACGCUACUACAGAUGUUAGGAUGGCAUCUGAGCCCCAUCACCGCGUAUUCCUACGUGGAGCUGCUGACCUGUAAUGGUGACUUCUGGACAUCUCAUCUUCACGAGCAGUUCAUCAGAAAAGUCAAUGACUUGCUCCUCCAUUCGCUUAUGGAUAUCAACUUCGCGGAGUUUAGGCCAAGCGUUAUUGCUGCAUCAGCUUUUCAGUUCGGAUUAGACAAUCUAUUUACAUUGUCAUCGACUGUGUGUCUCACUAACUACAUCCGCCAAAUCAUCGGUCAAGAUCAAAGGGAGAUUAAUUUGAUGAAAUGCCGGAAGCUUAUGGAAGUCCGGCUAGCCAGUGAACGCUUCAAUGCAAUUGCUUGUGGGAGCUUCAGCUACUGCCCUUCGAGUCCAGUCACCGUUCUACCGGGCGAGCAGAUCAAAGUUAAUGACGAUCAUGUUGAUCUCUCUAUUUUCACGGUGCAAGCAAGGUCAUACAUGGGAAUCACCACAUCGAAAAGCAUCAGUUGAAACAACUUCCAGUUAGGACGAGAAGUGGACAUAGAAUUAUAUGCA